AUGAAGAAUGUUUAUUUGAGAGUAUUUAUUCAACUCACAUAUUUUAUAAUGGUACUAAUUAUAAAAAUAGUGAAUGACAAUCCAGAAUACUUUUAGGUUGUAUUUAGCAUAGUAUUGACAUUUCUUUCAUUGCCAUUAAACAAAUAUAUUUCAAAUUAUGCUGAGCACUCAUAAUUAAUAUGUAAAUCCUUAUGGUAAGUCCUGAAUCUUUUUUGCUUAGGUAGUGUUGAUAUGGGAUUGAAAAAUGAUGGAUUUCUAAGUAGAUUCUAAUAUUUUUGGCUUGGUCUUACAAUUCAAUUAGAUGUUGAUACAAUAUUACCUCAUAAAAUAGUUAGAGUGGGUUUUCUUUUAGUUGUAAUAGCUUCAGUCAAUUUGACAACAUUUUACUUAAUUCUUGAUUCUUCAUAAAUUGGAUUGAUUUGUGGAGAAAUACUUUAUACUCUUAUAUUGAUAUACUAAUUAUUUGUUGAAAAGACAAUGAAGAAUUAACAUAAACAAUCAACAUCUAAAAAACCUAGUUCUCGUAGUUUUACUGAGAAAUUAGAUAGUCCUUAACCUUAAAUUUUAGAUGAAGAAUCAAAUCAUGUUUAAAUAUUAUCUUUAGGUUAAUAAUUACAUCAUUAAUAAUAAUAAUAACCAUAAAGAGAAGCAUCAAUUCGUGAAUAGAUUGAAUAUUAAAAUAGUUUCUAUAAAACUUUAUUUAAUUAAUUUCCUGAAGGAAUAAUAAUAAUUAAUGAUUAAAAUAAAAUUGAAUAUCAUAAUAAUUAAGUAAGAACAUUAUUAGGUAGAAAACCUAUUUCAGAAGAUCUUAUACCUAAGAAAUUAUAUGAAUUAAAAAAUUAUUCAUCAAAAUUUUAAUUUGGUGAAUAAGCUUAAUUUGAUAAAAUGUUUGCAGCAUUAAAUAAAAAAUUAAAAAGUAAUUCUCAUGAAUUUUAAUAAUAACUUAAUGAAGAAAAUUCUUUAAUUAAAGAUUGUUUUGUACCAUUAGAUGAAUAAACAUAUUAUAAUUAUUAUGAAUAUGAAUUAAGUAAGGCAGAAACAUUAAGUUAAGAAAUUGAAAAGGCUUUAUAAGAUAAAAAUGGAACUCCAUCACCUUAUUAAAGAUAAUUAUCUUGUCAUUCUUAAAGAACAUAAAAAGGAUAAGAAAUAAUAAAAUUUGGUAAAGAAGUAAAAAUGUUAUGUAUGAUUGAAGAAUCUAAUGAAAGAAUUCCUAAUGAAAUACAUGAAGAUUAAUCAGAUGAUGAAGAUUCUGCUGGAUUAUUAAUUUAAAUAACUAUUAAAGCUUAUACAUAUGAAAAUAAAAGAAAUGUUUUAUUAAUGAUUAGAGAUGUGUCACUAUUUAAUUAGUAUAAAGUAUUAUAACAACAAAAUACAAAUAAAUCAAAAAUGUUAUCUUAUGUAGCACAUGAAUUAAGAAAUCCUUUAGGUGCUAUAUGUGCUAUAAGUGCAUAAUUACUUACAAAAUAUUCAUAAGAUAAAGAAACUAGUAAAAAGUAAAUUUUAUUAAUAAUAAAAGGUAUUUGAAACCAUUAAAGAGUUCAGCUGAAUCAAUUUCAAGAUUAGCUAAUGAUUUACUUGAUCUAGCUUAAUUAAAAGCUGGAAAAUUUAAAUUAACAUUUUAAGAAUUUGCAUUAAAAAAUUUAAUUUUUGAUGCAAUAGCUAUGAUGACUUUUAAUGUAGGUGCUAAGAAUCUUUAACUUAGUUUAAAAUAUGAUAAAAAAAUACCAGGUCUUAUUAAAUCUGAUCAAUAGAGAAUAUAAUAGAUUAUAUUGAAUUUAAUAAAUAAUUCUACAAAAUUCACUAAAACAGGAGGUAUAAAAGUAGAAGCUAAAUUAUUAUAACCAAAAUUAAUUGAAAUAUCAGUUGAAGAUACUGGUGUAGGAUUAUAACCAGAAGAUAUAAAGAAAUUAUUCUAACCAUUUGGAAAAUUAGAAGAUUCAAAACAUUUAAAUACUUAAGGAGUAGGUUUGGGAUUAAUGAUAAGUAAUGUGUUAGCAUAAAAAUUAAGUGGAGGAGAUGUUGGUUUAUAAGUAGAAUCUAAAGGAUUGGGAUAAGGAACAAGGUUUAUAUUUAAAAUAUUAGAUUAAAAUGAAACAAAGAGUUCUGUUCAUUAAUCUUAAGAUACAAAAUAUUUUGGUAGAAAGGAGAGUAAUCUUUCAAUAGUAAGAGUAAAAAAAAGAGAUUAAUUAACAAUAUAACCAAUGAGUGCAUCAUUAUAUAGAGCAAAAGUUAUUAGUGAAUAAAAAAUAGAAGAAAAUGAAAGCACUAUCUAUUAAUUUUAAUGUGAUGAUGAUAAUUUUUAAGAAGAUCCUGUAUAAGAAUCAUAUGAUAAUUGUGCUUGUCCAAGAAUUUUAAUUGUUGAUGAUGAGCCAAUAAAUUUAAUGAUAUUGGGUUAUUAACUUAAGAAUUUGAAAUAUCUCUAUAAGUAGGCAAAGAGUGGAUAAGAAGCAUUAGAUUUUUUAAAGGGAUGGUAAAAUACCUAAGAAUAUUGUUGUAAUUGGAUUAGAUGUGUUAUAAUUGAUAUAUAGAUGCCAAUGAUGGAUGGAUAUCAAACUUCUAAAUUAAUAAGAAUGCUUGAGAAGGAGAAAUAAAUGAAUAAAUGUGCGAUUAUUGGUUGUAGUGGAUUUUCUGAUGAGGAAACUAAAAAACUAGGUUUUGAGAGUGGUAUGGAUUAUUUCCUUUCUAAGCCCGUCACUUAGGGAGAAUUAUAAACUAUAUUAAAUUAAUGUUGUUGA